AUGGAUAUCCGCAUAGAAGCUCUUGAGGGGCCAACUCCCCCAGGGGAGACCUUUGUGUCUAUGCGGAUUGGAGACUACCAGAAGCAAUCCAGAUUCGGCAGCUUUAAGAGUUACCGCUUUCCACACGAUGACGGGAAUGGCUUUGCACGGCUCGAGGUCUUUCAGCGCGUUGGCCACCUUUCUGUUAGUCUGGAAAAGCUUCGCUCCAACGAUCAAGACGUGCAGGUUCCUUUGGAGAUUCAGGGUCUGAAGUUCUUGCCAUUGAGGGUUGGGCUCCAGAAGAACUCGGCCGAGGAUAAGUCCAAGGCGAAGGUGAAGACCCGACUUGAUGCCGCACAAAGGUACUUGGCCCAACAUCAACUGGAAGAGAUCAUUGCUGAUGCAAUGCGCGAGGUGAUUCAUGAAAAGCCUGACGACCCGUACACCUUCCUCUCAAAUGAGAUCAUGAAACAUGCAAAGAAGCCUGCAUUUUUGCCACCACUGCGGAACGAGAACCAAAAGGAACUGCCCCCAAAGCCUCCAAAUGCAGCGAGGCCGAAGCCAAAUGCCAACGAAAGGCUUCCGCCCAUUAAUGCUCCUGGAGGGUCUGCAGCGGAGCUGAACAGCCUCCGAGUGGAGGCACGCGAUGUCUUGCUACAAUCAGCCAAAGAUGGAAGCUUGGCAAAAGCAUUGGCCAGCGUUAGUUCCGAUGAUGUAGACAUGACAGAACUUCGCAAGGAGACUGCCCUUGCGCUCAUUCAUGCAGCGAAAGAUGGAAGCUUGAAUGUGGCAUUGCAAGAGACGGUGUUCGCAUCCAAGGAGGCAGAGUUGGAAGAGCUUCGCCAGCAGGCACGAGCAACAUUGUUGCAGGGUGCCCGGGACGGGUCACUGCAAGAUGCAUUGCUGAACUCAAAAGAAGAAGCUUCGGUAGAGGCGGUGCGCUUGCAGGCCCGGGAUGCCCUGUUGCGUUCAGCAAAAGAUGGAAGUCUUGCAGCCGCUUUGCAGACCCAGGCAUCAAUUGAGGAUCAGCUGAAGGUAGAAGACCUGCGCAUUCAGGCCCGAGAUGCACUGCUCCGUGCUUCAAUGAGCGGUGCAUUGGACCAGGUCCUCAGCCAAGGCAAAUCCCCAAAGAAGUCGCAGCAGGCAGCUUCAGCUACUGAAUUGCCGCACUUCAAGUUCAAGCCGUCUGUCGGAUCUUGGCUUGUGAAGAAGCCCCACCAGGUUCCAAAGCCUUGGUAUUACGAAAACGUUGCAGUGGUGGAAGCUGAGGAUGAGAAGGUUGUCAAGAAUCUGCAGGCAGUGAUUGCCGAGAAGGAUGGGGAGAUUGCCGCCUUGAAGGCGAAGUUGCGUGAGACCAGUUUGGAUGCACCUCCUCCUUUGCCUUCACAAGCACAGUCGCCUCCACCUUUGCCUCCAAAAGCUGUGCAGGGGGCAGAACAGUCCAUGAAGGCAACUCCAGCGUCACUCACAAAUUUCAGGCAGUACUAUGCUGAUCAUGUGCACAGCGUCGGAUCUGACGCAAUGGAGAAGCUCUACUCGAAGUUUCCGAGCCAGCCGAAACCUGCUCCAAAAGCUCCUGCGGAAGAAGCUCAGCCAAAGUUUGCGCUGAGACCAUCAGUGGGCACUUGGCUUGCUCCUGCACCCAAGCGAGCCGCGCCCACUGGAUCAGCCUCAUCUGCCACUCCAGCCAAGCCGAAGACACCAUUUGCUUUGAAGCCGUCCGUUGGAACUUGGCUGUCUUUCAAGACAACCGAUGAAAGGCCAAAAUCCUCCAGCAUUUUGGAGAGGACCCACAGCAAGCUAUUGGCAAUGGAGCGUGAGGACCUAAUCAAAGGCUACGAGAAAGAGAUCAAGAAGAGGGAUCAGGAAAUUGACGCCUUGAAGCAUACGAUGAAGGCAUAA